AUGCCCUACAAUUUCAUUUGCAGAAAUGAGAGCACAAACAACAAGAUGAUUGGAGCCCUUGUCCUCGCUGUUGGAAUUUAUGCAGAAGUUGAAAGACAGAAGUACAAGACUCUAGAAAGUGCCUUUCUAGCCCCAGCAAUUAUUUUAAUACUUUUGGGCAUUAUCAUGUUCCUGGUGUCUUUUGUGGGUGUUCUGGCUUCUUUAAGAGACAAUUUGUGCCUUCUUAAAGCAUUCAUGUACAUCCUUGGUAUCUGCUUGUUGAUUGAGCUGACUGGUGGAGUGGUGGCCCUCAUCUUCAGGAACCAGACAAUCAACUUUUUGAACGAUAAUAUAAGAAGAGGAAUUGAGAAUUACUACGAUGAUUUAGACUUCAAGAACAUCAUGGAUUCUGUUCAAAAGCAGUUUAAAUGCUGUGGUGGGGAAGAUUACAGAGACUGGUCCCAAAACGUGUACCACAGCUGUACAGCUCCAGGACCGCUGGCCUGCGGCGUCCCCUACACGUGCUGCAUCACAAAUAAGACAGGCAUUGUGAACACCAUGUGUGGAUACAAAACCAUUGGCAAAGAGCGACUGAGUGUCCAGGACGUGAUCUAUGUCCGUGGCUGCACAAAUGCAGUGCUCAUUUGGUUCAUGGACAACUACAGCAUCAUGGCUGGUGUGCUGCUUGGCAUAUUGCUGCCUCAGUUCCUGGGUGUGCUGCUGUCCUUGCUGUACAUCACUCGGGUGGAAGACAUCAUCACAGAGCACAAGCUGAGCGAGAGGCUGUUUGAAGAAGCAGAGCAGAGAUCUCCUCACGAGUUUGCCGGAGCCGGGUGCUGCAUGUGCUACCCGGGGUGA